ACCAUGAAAUCACGUCUGGGGUGUUUCGAACGCCGCACCAGUAUUCUGGUGGAUGAUUAGUUCGUCAGAACUAGUUCAACAGUGUUCCCUGGGAACAGCUCGCAGUGCGUUGUGCUUGAACGAUCAUUCCACUUAGUAAUGAAUAGAGAUGAUCCUGUUCCGACUACGUCCGAUCUCGCACUAGACACAUAUCCAUCGCAGUCAACCGAUUCUCCCAUAUCUGAUGCAUCGCAAUACUCAUAGGGUCAACACUGAUAAACCUACCCUGAUUAUAUCCAGCAUUAUUGUUUCCCUGCGACACAGAUAAGACACCGAAAGACGUCGUUGGUGGAAAUAAAUUACUCGGAAGUAAUCUCUUACUACGAUCACCGCCCGAAAGGAUCGGCCAUCUUUCAGUCUCCAAGCCGCUGCCGGUAGCCGCUGAACCAAGCUUUCCUAAACCCAUUAGCCGGACGCAGAGUACCGGGCGUUCCGCGCGCAAGAUAAUGAGUGAAUUGUGGCAUCGUCGCCGCCGGUUUGUUCAAAUAUUUGGCAUUGCUUUCGAAAGUUUUGAACCGAUUCGGAUCACCCGCGAACAGCAGGUAGUUAGGUAGUUGAGCGGCGUCAGUGCGAGUGGCAACACGAUGGCUGCCACCACGGUCGAUCCGACCCAAGGACCCAAGACUCCGGAAAGAUGUCUGAGCUUCGAUGAAGCUCUCUCGAUGGCCAAAUUUGGAGCAUGUAACAUAGUCUUGAUGAUCAUUUCCGGCACGAUCUUGACGGCGUUUCUGCUGGAAACGAUCGGCAUAAGCUACGUAAUCGCAGUGGCAGGAUGCGAUCUGGCACUCUCGACCCAGGACAAGGGUAUCCUCAGUGCCGUUGGGUUUCUGGGGGUGAUCGUCAGCGCACACCUGUGGGGCUUUCUGGCGGAUACCCAAGGUCGUCGGAAGGUGAUCGUACCGACUUUGUUCCUGACGUUCGCCGUUACGAUCGUGUCCAGUUUGAUGACCAACUUCUGGAUGAUGACGGUUUGUAGAUUCUUGGCUGGGUUUUUUAUUUCUGGAUCGUCGGCGACGAUCUACGCCUACCUGGGUGAGUUCCACAACCAGCAGAAUGGAUCCCGAGCUAUCAUGGGAGCAUCGUUCGUAUUCGGUUUGGGGUGUGUUUUGCUACCGGCGAUAGCCUAUGCCGUGAUCAAUCAGGAAUGGGAGCUUCCGAUCGUGUCCCUAGGUGUUGUUUAUCGUCCGUGGCGACUGUUCUUGGUAGCUUGUAGCCUUCCCGGGCUGAUCAGCGCCUUCGUAUUGCUGUGGUUUCCGGAGAGUCCGAAGUUUGUCCUCAUGCAGGGUGACAUGGAUCAGGCGAUCAAAACCAUUCAGUGGGUUCAUCGGUUCAACCGCCGAAAGGCGGAACCGCUCGCCAUCGAUUCGAUUUUGCCGGAGACGGAAGCUCAACAGUCUAAGGAUCGUCGGGCUGAACUGCAGAAUACGAAGGGACUCGCUGCGUUGGGAAAGCUGGUCUGGAACCAGACGGCUCCCCUCUUCAUGGGAUCGUUCCUCAAGAAGACUGCGAUCGUAUGUUUCCUUCAGUUUGGAACCUACCUUACCUCGCAUGGGACGUACAUGUUCUUUCCGAGCAUACUGGACCAAGUUUUCAAGACUCAAGAAACCGGCGAGGAUCGGUUCCGGGUUUGCGAUGUAGCCUAUGCUCAGACCAAUACGACGAAUACGGAACCGGAUGUGGAUGGCCAAUGUCGACAAACUUUGAAUAUCGCCUUGUAUGAAAUGUCGUUCAUUCUGGAGGUGAUCUACGCUUCGGGGUUCGCCAUUAUUGGAAUGAUCAUCAACGUGGUCGGAAGGCUGCCGAUCUUGGUGUUUGUGUUCGGUGGAUGCGGAAUCGCUGGUUUCGUAAUCAUCUUUUCCGAAAUUCCCAUGCUUUCCGUCUGGUGCUAUAUGAUAUUGGUUAUGUGCGGGUUUGCAGGCAGUAUUGUCAGCGCGAUCACCGUGGAUUUGUUUCCGACGAAUUUAAGGGCAAUGGCCGUUUGCAUGUCGUCGAUGUUUGGACGUCUCGGAGGAGUUGUUGGAUCCAACCUAUUCGGCUUUCUGCUGGAAAGCCAGUGUGAACUGACCUUUGCCAUUCCCGGAGUGCUACUGGUCACUUGUGCGCUCCUAUCGUUCUUCAUUCCGAAUAUCUACAAGCGAACGCGAUCGAGCAGCAGCGUUUCUUCUAGGUGCUAGCGUUGGGAAAUUACAUACUUACCAAAUUAGUUUCAAAGUAAACGUUGAGGUUCUGAUCGCAGAACCAGAAUAUACAACUUCUGCACAAUCGGGAACACGAACGACUGUUUAUCCUAGCGACUCAAUUUAGUUCUCGAUCAAUUGUAAUUAAUUGAGUUGCGAGUCCAACACAACGACUGUGUUAAUCUGCUGAAGGCGCGAACCGGUGGAAUCUGGAUUUAAUUUGCAAUGCAUAUACAAUUUGAUUAAGUUUCAGCCUGGAAUGAUCUUUUUUCAAGCAAUAAAGUCCUAUAUGUUCGUUCUCA